UCUCAGCUACGAAUUUAAUGGUACUCGGGAUGAUUUUAUCUGUAUCAAAAUCGGUGUGGGCCGCAGAAAAAUUCGGGAGAUUUGAGACAAGAGAAGGAAUGCUAUUGUCGUUAAAUACAAACCUGGAAUCCGAAAGCCUCUUAGGACUAUUGACUCACGUGGGUGAAAACUAUUUCAAGGAUUGUAGUACGACAGUGAUUUUGUACGAUGAUGCGUUCGAAACAAGAUACGGAUCGGUGUUGGAAGAAUUUUUGAAAAAUCUCCCAUCUACUUACGUGAAGAAGCGAGUAAAACUGACCGACGAUUUUCUGCAGGCUCUCGAAGCCUGCCGGAAUCACAUUUUGCUUUUGGAGAAUUUAAACAACGUAAGAAAUGCGUUAGAGCGACAAAGCGACGGAAAGGUUGUCGUCGUUACUGGUGCCUCCUCCUGGGAUGUUCUCGACUUUUUAAAAAGUCCCGCUUCAAGGUUAUACAAAAAUUUAUUAGUUAUCGCACGCAGCACGAGCAGAACAGCCAAGGAGGGAUCGUUUGUGCUUUAUACGCACGAGUUGUACAGCGAUGGAAUCGGAUCAAGUCGCCCUGUGAUACUGACCUCAUGGAUCAAGGAUCGUUUGACGAGGCCUAACAAAGUUCUAUUCCCACAGAAAUUAGAGUCUGGAUUUAAUGGUCAUAGAUUCCGCGUAUCAGCUAUGCAUAAGCCUCCGUUCGCAUUUCGACGGGUAACUCCGGGCACUGAUACUGUCCAGUGGGACGGUGUGGACAUCAGAGUGAUACGGCUACUGAGCAAGAUGUUAAAUUUCACGAUCGAUGUUCGAGAUCCUACACCCAGGAAUUUACUAGGCCCAGUCAGUGCCGUGAUGCUUGAUAUUUCUUCGGGUAAAGCCUCAAUGGGUUUGGGCGGUUUGUACAGAUCGGUCGACCUGAUGAGACGUUUCGACACGAUGUACCCUCACACUCACGAUUGCGCUGCAUUCAUAUCCUUAACCUCUACCGCAUUGCCAAAAUACAGAGCGGUUUUGGGACCAUUUCGUCAAUCGGUUUGGGUCACCCUGAUAUUCGCAUACCUUGGAGCAAUCAUACCUCUGACGCUAAGCAGCAAGAGUAAUUUACUGAGGCUCGUAACACGGCCUAAAGAAUUGAUGGAAAUGUUCUGGUUCGUCUUUAGCACGUUUACAAAUUGCUUCACCAUCAGAAGUCCACUUGUUUACGAGGGACUCGCACAAAAUGCAUCCGCGAUUCUGAUCGGUAAGAAUUUGUGGCGAUUGUUUCAUGAUACAAUGGAAAUACGAGAUCAUGCACUUGUCCUUUUUGCUGCAGGUCUUUACUGGGUAUUCACGAUAAUUAUAACAUCGUGCUAUACCAGUUCGAUUAUUGCAUUCAUAACGAUUCCCGUAUAUCCACCCGCCAUAGACACGAGCGAUCAGCUUCUCUACUAUCGAUAUCGCGUGGGAACUCUGGAUCACGACGGUUGGGAGUACUUUUUCAAGAACAGCAGCGAUCCGAAUAUAGUGAAGCUAUUAAAGAAUCUGGAACUGGUGCCGACGCUUGCAGAGGGUAUACGAAACGCGAGUCGAGCCUAUUUUUGGCCCUACGCUUUACUCGGCUCAAGAGCAAUGCUCGAGUACAUUGUACAGGCGGAUUUUGCCCCGAACUGGAAAACGAAACGAUCAUUGAUGCACAUAAGUCGCGAAUGCUUCGUGCAAUUCGGGGUCACUGUCGCCUUUCCAAAGGGCUCAACGUACACGGAAAGGAUGAGUAAAGUUGCUCAACGAGCUCAACAGGCUGGACUCGUGCAGAAAAUAACGUCUGAUGUUAAAUGGGACGUGCAACGAUCAUCUACUGGUAAACUUUUGCAAGUCAGUGCUGAGAAAACAUUGCACAUACCGUCAGCAGAAGAGAGACAGUUGACGCUGGAUGACAUUCAGGGUAUGUUUAUAGUUCUGGGAUCAGGCGUUCUGAUAUCGCUGCUUCUUUUAAUCCUUGAAUGCGUGUACCGAAAAUUAAGCAAACACUGUACUGCUAAGCCUAGAAGUCGAAGCGACAGCGAGACGGACGCGAAAUCGAACGAUGAUUUAUCUUACGGAGUCCAGAACCGCGGGUUCGACGAUUAUCCGUGGGAAUACGAAAUUCAAAACGUCACGAGAUAUUUUAGAAACAGCAUUUGAAUCGGAUGUAAUUUUUCAGUGCAAUUAAUUAAUAGUAUACUGUUAUAUUAGAUUGUUUAAAAUCAAUAAAAACUAA